CGUUGGACUACAUGUUCCACAGCUAGCGGUGCAAAAUUUUCUCUAUAAAAUCCCUUUUUCUCUUUACCCUUUUUCUCUAUAAAAAGAAAAAAUGCAAACUCACCCUCUCCUCUAAAACAUCUUUUUUCCCGUUCACAAUAUUUAAAACCUCUCAUCACUUCUUCCCCUCCACCAUGGACCAAAAUAAUAAUCAUACUCACUCCAAUGGAAAAAAUUCUGAUUCUCAUCCCAAUAUACCUCAAAUCAAAUUCACUAAACUCUUCAUCAAUGGAGAAUUCGUUGAUUCCGUUUCAGGAAAAACUUUUGAUACCAUAGAUCCGAGAACUGAGCAAGUUAUUGCCACGGUUGCCGCCGGUGACAAAGAAGAUGUUGAUCUCGCCGUGAAAGCCGCCCGUCAAGCCUUUGACCAUGGCCCUUGGCCCCGUAUGUCCGGCGCCGAGAGAGGGAGGAUUAUGACGAAACUAGCGGGAUUGAUAGAUGAACACAAGGAGGAAGUGGCAGCGUUGGAUACGAUUGACGCUGGAAAAUUGUUUGUGUUAGGAAAGAUCAUGGAUAUACCGGGAGCUGCAAAUACACUACGGUACUACGCAGGUGCAGCGGAUAAAUUCCACGGUGAGGUAUUGAAAAUGUCAAAACCGCUUCACGGUUACACGUUAUUGGAACCCAUCGGAGUGGUGGGCCACAUCAUACCCUGGAAUUUUCCCACCACCAUGUUCUGGCUCAAAGUCAGCCCCGCUUUAGCCGCCGGUUGCACCAUGAUCGUCAAGCCCGCCGAACAAACGCCCCUCUCCGCACUCUUUUACGCCCAUCUCGCUAAACUGGCUGGUAUACCAGAUGGAGUACUCAACGUUGUGACUGGAUAUGGUUCCACAGCAGGUUCAAGCAUUGCCAACCACAUGGACGUUGACAAGUUGAGCUUCACAGGAUCAACCAAAGUGGGAAGACUAGUAAUGCAAGCAGCAAGUGCCAGUAAUCUGAAGCAAGUGUCCUUAGAAUUAGGAGGCAAAUCGCCACUUCUAAUCUUUAAUGAUGCGGAUCUCGAAAAAGCCGCUGAUCUAGCUCUUCUCGCCAUCUUUUACAACAAGGGAGAAAUUUGCGUGGCUGGCUCUCGAGUUUUAGUUCAAGAAGGAAUCUACGACGAAUUUGUGAAAAAGAUAACUGAAAAGGCAAAAUCUUGGGCUGUGGGGGACCCUUUUGACCCUAAUGUUAAAUAUGGACCCCAGGUGGAUAAAAAGCAAAUGGAUAAGAUUUUGAAAUACAUAGAACAUGGUAAAAGAGAGGGAGCAACGUUGGUAACUGGGGGCAAGCGUAUAGGAAAUGUGGGCUAUUACAUUGAACCCACAAUCUUUACAAAUGUCAAGGAAGAUUCACUAAUUGCUCAAGACGAAAUAUUCGGACCCGUCCUCUCUGUCAUUAAAUUCAAGACAAUUGAGGAUGGAAUCAGGAGUGCAAACAAUACCAAGUAUGGGUUAGCAGCUGGGAUAGUGACUAAUAGCUUAGACAUAGCGAACACGGUGUCGAGGUCCAUCCGAGCUGGUACGAUUUGGAUAAAUUGUUACUUUGCUUUCGAUCCAAGCUGCCCAUUUGGAGGGUAUAAGGAGAGUGGGUUUGGAAGAGACUCCGGAAUGCAUGCGAUUAACAAGUAUCUUCAAACUAAGUCUGUUGUGAUUCCUUUGGUUAACACUCCUUGGCUUUGAUUUAUUUGUGUGUACGGACAGCGCCAUGUUACUAUACUUUUUCUUCUUCUCUUUUUCUUUCUAUUUACUAGCAAUGCACCUUUGUCUCCUUACAAGCCAUCUUACUAUACUUUUUCUUCUUUUUUCUUUUUAUUUACUAAUAAUGCACGUUUGUCUCCUUGCAAAUGAGUGUAAAUCAUUUAAAAGUUUACAGCUACAAA